AUGGCGGCUUGUUGGCAAAUUGUGGUUUUUGUAAUAUUAAUUUUGGAGCCUGUGUGUGUUGAUAGUUUUAUUGAAGGUCUAUAUUGUGGGAUCGAAAACUGUUAUGAAAUUUUGGAUGUAACAAGGGACUCAUCACGGACUGAAGUUGUUAAGGCAUAUCGGAAAUUGGCAAGAAAAUGGCAUCCAGAUAUGCACAAGACGGAGGAAGCAAAAGAAGCUGCCUCCACCAUGUUUCAAAAGAUUGCCAAUGCAUACGAGAUUUUACGUGAUGAGGAACAGAGAGAUGACUACAACUACAUGCUGGACAAUCCUGAUGAAUAUUAUUCUAUAUACUUCCAAUACUAUCGUCGUCGUGUGGCUCCAAAGGUUGACAUUAGAGUCGUUAUUGGAGUCACUAUCACAAUCAUUUCCAUUCUACAGUAUUUAGGUGCUUGGAACAAUUAUAAGUCAGCUAUUGAUUACCUGUGCAAGGAGACAAAAUAUCGAUCGAAGGCUAUGGAUAUUGCCAAACGUGAAGGAAUGUUGAAUAAGAAGAAAGAUAAGAGAAGUAAGGCAGAAAUACGUGAAGAAGAGGAAGCCGUAAUACGUAAAAUAAUUGAAGAGAAUUUGGAUAUACGGGGAGGUUACAGUAAGCCAAGUUACACAGACGUGUUAUGGAUCCAGCUCGUGUUACUGCCCUACUAUAUAGUGAUGUACAUUUACUGGUGGUUCAGGUGGAUCUGGAAGUUCUACAUUAUACGGGAGGAAUACGGAGAGGAAGAAAAACUAUAUCUUAUUAAGAAAUAUAUGAAAGCCAAUAAAUCUCAGUGGGAUGCAAUAGAGGAUUAUGAAAAAGAAAAAUUUUUAGCACAAGAAUUAUGGAUAAAAGACAAUUUUCAGGUGUGGUUCUUGAAACAGGAGGAGGAAAGAAAGAGCAAGCUGGCCGAAAGUGCGCGGUACAAGAGCUAUCGACGGUACAUGAAAAAGGGUGGUGCAGGACAGAUGACAUUUGGGCCCGAAUGAACACGACGAAAUCUAUAUUAUUCACAGUGGUGCUGGGAUUUUUAUGAAUGUUGUAUUUUUGUUUUUGUUUGACUGGUGCAGGCAUGUAUAUCAGGUUGUGGAGAAAGAAAAGUGUAAUUCCGA